GCGCCUAAAAUCAUAAAAACGUCGUUUUUGACUUUUGUGGAAUCACAAUUUCUCCUCUUUCACAAAUACUACAUAAUUCAAAUAAUACGAGUAACACCUAAAAUAAUGGCACACAUAUGAUCAUUCGAUGAGACAUUGUCUCCAUUUUCGUCGGAAGAACAAAUUAAAGGUUCUCAAAUCACAUACAAUUAAUUGCAAAGAUUUAGAGAGAGAAAACGAAAAUUCAAUAGAAAAAAUGGAGAAAGAAAAUCAGGUACACAUGAAAAUUGUCAAAGGCGAAUAUGGUUACGUUCUCGAAGAUGUUCCUCAUUUAUCAGAUUACAUCCCUAAUCUUCCUACCUACCCCAACCCUUUACAAGAUAAUCCUGCAUAUUCAGUUGUAAAGCAAUAUUUUGUUCAUGAGGAUGAUACAGUGGUACAAAAGGUUGUAGUUCAUAAGGAUUCACCGAGAGGUAUUCAUUUCAGGCGUGCAGGACCAAGGCAGAAGGUGUACUUUGAUUCUGGUGAAGUUAAUGCGUGCAUUGUAACAUGUGGAGGACUUUGUCCAGGACUUAACACUGUGAUUCGAGAAAUUGUUUGUGCCCUUUACCACAUGUAUGAUGUUGAUAAAGUUAUUGGAAUCGACGGAGGAUACAAAGGUUUCUAUGCUAAAAAUACUGUUAAAUUGGACCCCAAGUUUGUCAAUGACAUCCAUAAGCGCGGUGGUACAGUAAUUGGAACUUCUCGAGGUGGCCAUGAUACAAAAAAAAUAGUUGAUAGCAUUCAAGACCGUGGAAUAAAUCAGGUUUAUAUAAUUGGAGGUGAUGGGACACAGAAAGGAGCUGCUGCAGUCUAUGAGGAAAUUAGACGACGAGGCCUUAAAAUUGCAGUAGCUGGAAUCCCCAAAACAAUUGAUAACGACAUUUCGGUUAUUGAUAGGUCAUUUGGCUUUGAUUCUGCUGUAGAGGAGGCCCAACGUGCAAUAAAUGCUGCUCAUGUAGAAGCUGAUAGUAUGGAGAAUGGCAUUGGUCUAGUGAAAUUGAUGGGUCGCUACAGCGGCUUUAUUGCCAUGUAUGCAACUCUGGCUAGCCGAGAUGUUGAUUGUUGCUUGAUUCCAGAGUCACCCUUUUAUCUUGAAGGUAAGGGUGGGCUCUUUGAGUACAUUGGAAAAAGACUCAAGGAAAAUGGGCAUAUGGUAAUCGUAAUGGCUGAAGGAGCUGGGCAGGAGCUGCUAUCAGAAAACCGGAAUGAGAAAGAUGCUUCAGGGAACAAGUUGUUGAAAGAUGUUGGCUUGUGGAUGUCACAUAAAAUCAAGGAACAUUUUGCGCGAAAAAGUAUGAUCAUAAAUCUCAAAUACAUAGAUCCUACCUACAUGAUCCGUGCUAUUCCAAGUAAUGCAUCUGAUAAUGUAUAUUGCACACUUCUUGCUCAAAGUGCUGUUCAUGGAGCUAUGGCAGGAUUUACGGGCUCCACUGUUGGGCUUGUAAAUGGAAGACACACGUAUAUUCCUUUCGAACGCAUUACUGAGCAACAGAAUCAGGUUUGUAUAACUGAUAGGAUGUGGGCGAGGCUUCUUUCAUCAACAAAUCAGCCAAGCUUCCUCGGGGACAAAGAAGUUGCCAAAGCCAAGGAAGAGGAGAGUGCGGCUCAGGCAUCAUCAGAGGGAGAGAAUGUUCAAAACAAAUCUGCAUAACUACUUGAUGCUGAUGCAUGACAAACAUAACAGAAUCAUGUACUUCAGCUUGUGUACGCUCCCAAUUCCUUGAGCCACUUAGGUUGAGUAUAUUUGUUUUUGCUUCAUUUUCCAUUUGGUAGGUAAGGAGUGGCUAGUAACGAAAUCCCUCAUAAUUUGCUUUUCUCUUCCUGCUCCGGUGACCUUUUGCUCUCAAUGGCAAUUUACUGAAGGUUGCAUUCAGUUUCUCCUACCAGUGCCACUACCUAUAGGAUCAGUAAACUUAGCUUGCAUAUAUCUUUUUAUUUUUGUACCACUGUUAGUUUUCUAGAAAAAAGAAAAUUUGGUGUCUUCCAUCAAUUCUGUAUCUUUGGCCUUCUUUUUCGAUCCGAAAAUUGUAAUUUUUCACUGUUACAGUUAAGUUGGCAUAAUUUGGAAAGGGUUUGGGAUUUUGAAAUGUAUAGGCUGCAGGAUUGGAGCA